AUGGAGUCGAGAAGACGUGUACUUGGUGCGGUACGCACCCUCUCUGAAGCCGUGUCGACGCACGCCAAGAACGAGGAGGCUCGUAGGCUCGUAAUCCGGGUCGUAUCAAGCAGCUACGAGUCGUUUAGUUUGCCCCAGUUGGAGCAUGCGCUGUGCUACUUCACAAACCACAACAGCAACUACACAAACGUAGGCAACGAUGAAUUUCACGUUUUAGUAGAGGAAACUCUGAAUAACUCGAUCCGAUCUAUUCUUGUCUACGACGACUUCUCCGGGUUCUUUGGCGAUGCUGAAGUGUACUCCCUCUCCAUGGCGUUUCAGUACAACCUUUCCGUGGAGGCACUCACGCUGAGGGGCAUCAACAUCAGCGACGAGGCGAUUUGCUCCCUCUGCGAGGCCCUCGUGCGGUCUCGUGUGAAUUACAUCGACCUCUCAAAUACCCCACUGGAGGAUGAAGCAGGCCGGUCUAUCGCUGCCUUGGCCCACGUCAACCCAUACCUGCGCACCGUCAUCGUGGACGACACCCUCAUCGCUGAUGAUGUGCUGGACGAGAUCGACGUUGCCUGCCAGUUUAACCAGAGCAACUUUGAAGGCAAUAAGGGAGAGGUAGAUGAAUCGCUACUCCGUCCCGCUGAUCUCGGUCGCUUGAAGCACCGCCUCCAACAGAUUAUUCGGGCUCAGGAAAGGAAGACACACUACUGCGUCGCCCACUUGUUCGGCUGCUGCCCCAACGGCGAGAUGUGCCUCUACGCUCAUUCCCUCGGGAAGAGUGGAAUGGACGAGAUUGAUGCGUCGCUCUCUGCAAAGAUAUCGGAGCUCUUCGCCAACGGCGGCAACUGGGAGGAGCGGCUGCCACCGCGCCCAACUGACGGUCCUUCCUGGCGGAAUCCAGAGGACGAAGUUAAACGAGCUCCCUGUUCCAACAAAGCACGACGUCGAGGAGAGCAGGUCAACAGCACCCCUGCGACGGCACCGGUGCAGCGGACACGAUGGUCACCGGUGCUGAGUGGGGCGGCGGGUAUGUGCUGCGGUCUUAUUCUUGUGGGGCUUGCGGGCGUUGUCGCUCGACGUCUGUCCCCUGGCUCUGCGCGUGGUUAG